UCUUCAUUCAGUGCCUUAAUAAGUUUGGACCAGAUGACUCUUUACUGCUAGGCGCUAAUCGUUAUUUUAUCUAUUUAUUUCAAAUUUCUAAAUGAAAAAUUCAAGAAAAAUGGUUUUUAAAGAAAAGUUGUAGAAUGCAAUUCGCCAAUAAGUUGCAAUUAAGUGUUUUUAUCAAAGUUCUAGUGUCCUUGUGAGUGCAAUAAGAAUUUAUAGUUUAUUUGGUGCAGAAAAAAAAGAAACAGGUGCUGUGUGAAAAACUAGUUUUUUAUGUGAAUAAAUAUUUGUAAAGUAUCAAUUUUUUCCUCAUUCUCAUUAUUUAUUCAUAUAAAUUUAAUUUGUUAAUUGAAGUAAAAAGUGCAUCAAUCCAAUGAACAAUUUACAAGAUGGAUGCAAGAAAAACACACGUCAAUCCAAAUCCUAGGGAAAAAGCAUCUUGCAUUUCAGUUUUAUUAUGGUGCUGGACAGUACGUCUUUUCAAAACAGGAUACACAAAAGUACUAGGGACCGAGGAUUUAUUCGACCCAUUAAAAAAAGACAAAUCAUCUGUUCUUGGGGACAGACUCGAAGCACGAUGGAAAAUAGAAGUAGAAAAUGCGAAGAAACACAAGAAGAAAGUAAGUUUAUUGAAAACAAUAUUUCGAACUUUUCUCUGGGAAUAUUCUCUUCUUGGUAUACUUCAGAUAUUUAAUGAAUUUGUCUUAAGAUUGGGAACUCCGCUACUUUUAGGAGGUUUUUUACAAUAUUUUAAGCCAAAUACAGAUGUUCCAUAUCAAACGGCACUUAUUUUUGCUGGAGGAAUAAGUCUAGCGUCCGCUAUAAAUGUGAUUACUUUAAAUCAAUCGAUAUAUGGUGCUUUCCAUAUCGGAGGCAGAAUACGUGUUGCUGUUUGCUCACUUGUCUAUAGAAAGGCUUUGAAACUUAGUAAGACUGCCCUGGGAGAAACGGCUCCAGGGAAAAUAGUUAAUUUAGUCGCAAACGAUGUCAACAGAUUUGAUCUCGUGUCGAUUUUUAUCCAUUAUAUGUGGUCAGCUCCUCUCUCAGCUUUAAUUAUAGCAUAUUUCUUAUAUUAUCAAGCUGGAUAUGCUGGACUUAUUGGAAUUGCUGCUGUUUUUGUCGUCGUACCAAUUCAAUCAUACACUGGGAAACUUUCAUCAAUAUUCAGGUUACAGACUGCAAUCAAAACGGACGAGAGGGUGCGACUUAUGGAUGAAAUAAUCUCAGGGGUUCAGGUUAUAAAAAUGUACGCCUGGGAAAAACCAUUUUGCGCUUUGGUGGAAAUUGCCCGAAAAUUGGAAUUGAAGAUAGUCACGAAAAGCUCUUACAUUCGGGGAAUUUAUAUGACUUUCAAUAUUUUCACGACUAGAAUGGCUCUGUUCUCGACAUUACUAGCAAUGCUGUUGUAUAAGGAACAACUAACAGCGGACAAAGUUUUUGUCUUUUCGUCCUAUUUUGCUAUUCUAGCACACACAAUGUCUGGUAUGUUCGUUCGAGGUUUUGCGGAAAUUGCAGAGUGCAUGGUGGCUGUACGAAGAUUGCAGUACUUUUUAAUGUAUGAAGAAUUUCAAGAAGUAAAUCCUCAUAUGCAUCAGUCGUACAGUGCGAAUGGUACGAGCAACAAGAAGGCUGACAAGAGAAAUUCAAUCAAACCUGAUCUGCCCUUUAUUGACGAGGUUCUUGCCGAAGAUUUGAAGAGUAGUCAAAAUGGAUUGCUGGUACUUGCCAGUGAUCUUUUGAAAAACACUGCCAACUGUGUUGAAGGCGUAAUGGAUGAUCCGCCAGAGACUUGGGCCAUCAAACUAGACAAUGUAACAGCAAAAUGGGAGCCUGGCCAGUCAGAAAAUACCCUGGAGAAGGUUAACCUGGAAAUAGAGACCGGAAAACUGUACAUGGUCAUCGGAAUGGUGGGAGCCGGCAAGAGUUCCCUGCUCUCUGCAAUCCUCAAAGAGAUCGCACUCACGGAGGGAAGCAUCAGAGUCAAGGGAGGCUUGAGUUACGCAGGUCAGGAAUCCUGGGUCUUCGGGUCGUCCGUGAGGCAAAAUAUUCUCUUCGGCCAGCCCUACGACAGACAGCGGUACCAGAGAGUCGUCAAGGCGUGCGCCCUCCUCAGGGACUUCAAGCAGUUUCCCCAAGGGGACCAAACCAUCGUCGGAGACAGAGGCAGCUCCCUGUCCGGGGGUCAGAAGGCCAGGAUAAAUCUGGCGAGGGCCGUCUACAGGCAGGCCGACAUCUACCUGUUCGACGAUCCUCUCAGCGCGGUGGACGCGCACGUGGGGAAGCACUUGUUCGAAGAGUGCAUGAAGCACUAUUUGUCCGGAAAGACUCGAAUUCUGGCGACUCAUCAGCUUCAGUACAUCAAAGGAGUCGACGCGAUUAUUCUUCUCGAUCAGGGCAAGAUGCAAUUCUACAAGAAUUAUCAGCAGCUCCUCCAAAAUCAUCCUGAGUACAUGCCGCUCAUUGCAGCGGAAACUAAUCCGGAAAAUGCCGAUGAUUCCUUCAUGGAAAGAAGUACGAUGCGACGACAGUUUUCUACUUCGAGCAAUAGGAGUAAAACACCAGAAGGAGGUGGUGAUACAGAUAUUGAAGAAGAUGAAGAAGAUGCCGAAAAUUUAGACGGAUUGGUUGAGGGUACUUCAAGAGGAACUGUAAAGGGUUCAAUAUUCCUCAACUAUUUCAGAGCUGGAGCCAAUUUAUUUGUUGCCUUUAUAGUAUUUAUUCUAUUCGUCCUGACACAAUUUGCUGCCAGUUUAAAUGACCUCUACGUUCCGUUUCUAGUAACAGCGGAAGAAUCGAAAUUAUACGAAAUGGCAAACAUAACACGAAAUCAAACAGACGAGGGUCUCUUUAAGGUCCAACCAUGGUCGCAGGAAGUUUACAUUUAUGUAUAUAUUGGAAUAGUGACAUCGAUAUUUUUGAUUGGUAUUACGAGAUCGUUUGUUUUUUACGCAUUAUGUAUGCGAGCGAGUCAACGAUUGCACGAUAUGGUAUUUAGUGCUCUGAUUAGAACAGGAAUGCGAUUUUUUGACACAAACCCUAGCGGUCGGAUACUUAAUAGAUUUUCGAAGGACAUGGGAGCGAUAGAUGAAUUACUGCCAAAGGCCCUCUUGGAUGCUGGACAAAUAAUCAUGAUGAUGAUGGGAACUCUGGUCGUCACUUGUACCGUUAACUAUUACUAUAUCAUUCCAAUUGUUCUACUUGGUAGUAUAUUUUACUGGAUUCGAAAAGUCUAUCUCAAAACGAGUAAAAAUGUUAAAAGACUCGAGGGAAUGACGCGUUCACCAGUAUUUACUCAUCUAAACGCAACUCUCAAUGGACUGACAACGAUUAGAGCUUUAGGAGCUCAAGAAAUUCUCAAAAAUGAAUUCGACAAAUUUCAAGAUUUACACACCUCAUCGUGGUUUAUGUUUAUUGUGACAAGUUCAGCAUUUGGAUUCUCAUUGGACAUUUUUACUUUUAUUUUCACGACUCUGGUGACUUUUAGUUUUCUCAUUAGCAGUGAUCCUUCAGCUGAAAAUGGUGGAAAAGUCGGUCUGGCUAUAACUCAAGUGAUGUCCAUGACGGGAAUGAUUCAAUGGGGAAUGCGUCAAAGUGCAGAAGUGUCGAAUCAGUUAAUGUCGGUGGAAAGAGUAUUGGAAUAUGCCGUACUCACUCCAGAACCAAAUUUGAGGGAUAAAGGCGUAGUGUCCAAGAAGAAACAAAAACAAACUGAGAUUGAAUCCUUUGUCACGCCGCCGAGAAAUUGGCCAUCGAAAGGCUAUAUUAGAUUCCGGAAUAUGUACUUAAAGUAUUCGGAUUAUGAUCCUCCUGUUUUGAAGGGCCUCAAUCUCGUCAUUUACCCUUCUGAAAAGGUUGGAAUUGUUGGGAGAACCGGCGCUGGAAAAUCGUCUCUAAUCGCCGCUCUUUUCCGUCUCGCGAAAAUCGACGGAGUCAUUGAAAUCGACAAUAUAGACACGGGAACCGUUUGUUUGGAAGAUCUUCGCCAACAAAUUUCCAUCAUUCCACAAGAUCCGGUUCUAUUUUCAGGAACUAUCAGAAGAAAUUUAGAUCCCUUUAACGAAUUUUCAGAUAGUCUCUUGUGGGAAGUUCUCGAUGAGGUGGAACUGAAAGAAGCGAUUGCGUCCGUUAACGGAUUGGACAGUCGAGUGUCCGACAGAGGAAGCAAUUUCAGCGUUGGGCAACGGCAACUGAUUUGCCUCGCGAGAGCAAUUCUAAGAAACAAUCGUAUUCUAAUGCUGGACGAAGCCACAGCGAACGUGGAUCCUCAGACGGAUGCUCUGAUUCAAAGAACCAUAAGGACUAAAUUCGCUCCUUGCACUGUACUCACUGUAGCUCAUCGAUUAAAUACUAUCAUGGACAGUGAUAAAGUUUUAGUCAUGGACAGAGGACGAAUGGCGGAAUUCGAUCAUCCGCACAUUCUUCUGCAAAACCAAUACGGACAAUUUACCUCCUUAGUUAGAGAAACUGGACGAGCUAUGUUCGAUCAAUUGUGCAAAGUUGCCGAACGAGCAUACUUAUCAAAACACGAGGACAAUCCAUCAGAUUCUAAUUAAUACUGCCGUGCAAUAUUAUUUGACGCUUAAAAUAUUUAAUCUGCAACAAUGCGCCUUUGUCGAUAUCGAAAAAAUUAUGUUUAUUUAUUUUUUUUUACCGAGAGUUUACAAAAGUUUCGCGUUUCUCAUUGAAAUCCACACGUUGAGAAACUGUUUUUAAAAAAGCAUGCAAAAUUCACCAAAAAAAAAUAAUUAAGAUACUUUUCUAGUAGAAAAAUUAUCUAAUGUCAAAAAUAAUUUUUUAACAAAUGUGAUAACCUUCUUCCGUUAAGGUUAUGUUAUUUUCUUCCGAUUCGGAAGUAAUUUUAUAUUUCAAGGAUCACACUCUUUAGUUAAAUUUUAUACAUUUUAAGAAUUUCUUUCAGCAUUGCUGGAGUUUUGAAUGAAAAUAAAGAUACCAAUUGUAAAUAGAUAUACUUAUAGAACUGUUCAAGACUAUUAAAAAUUAAGUAAAUUUUUUAGAUAAGAUGAAAUUUAAUUUAGCCAAGAAUUUAAGAACAACGGUUUUGUCAAUUGAGACAAUUUUUUUACCCAAAGAAUCAGUGCUGAAGGUCGCAGUCGUGUGUUCAAACUUGAAACAUUUACUAUAAUUUUAGAACGCACCUGAAUCUCAUGUUUCCAUUUUAAAAUUGUAAAAAAAUAUAACAAUCACAAUAGAAUUACAAAGAACCGUUUUGAAAGCGAGAGUAAGAAGGCUCGUGAAAUUUCUACUUCUUGAUUCCAAAGUUCUUUGUAGUCUUAUUUCUUAUUUCGAGACAUAAAUACUAAGCACAAACAUGACUUGCAAAAGUGAGAUAACAAAAACAAUGGUUUAAAAGUGAUUUGCGAUACUAAGAGUAGUGUUGAUUCUUUCAAUCUUUUUAUGUUGCUGAAUACAUGUUGCAUUUCAUUUUCUUGUACCCAACUCUUUAUUAUCUUAUUUUACUUGCACGGUACUCUCUAAAACUGAAUCAGUGAAAAUUCACUUAUUGAAAGUGAAUAUUCACUUAUUUCAAACGUUAUAAGUCGUCCUCUCUGAAUUAGUGAAUAUUCACACAUUACAUGAGUGAAAAACAGUUCACUUAUAAAAUAAGUGCAAGAUUCACUUUUAAAUAAGUGAACUGUUUUAUGUAGAAAAAUUAGCAAUCCUGUAACACAAAUAAUGACAAUAUUGUUUCAAAACAAUAAACUGUAUAUCUGUAAACUCUUUAUAAAUUUUUCAAUAUAACAUAUAAUAUAAAAUAUGGAAACUGUGGAGCUAACAAUGUUACAUUUACUAGUCAAAAAGUAUAAAAUAAAAGUUUUUUUAAAGAAAGCAUAAAAUAUAACCUCAAACUUAUAGAGACAUGAAAAACUGUGUAUACGUAGACAUUUACAGAUGAAAUAUCCUUAUCAUUUAAUUAAAUUGUAGGUGCAAAUAAUUUAUAUUUUUUUAAUAGUAUACUUAUACUAAUAUAAAAAUGUUUAUAAUUACGUAUAUUUAUUCAUUCGAAAACCGGUAAACUUUUCGACGCACAGACGCUCAGAAUGACGCAAUGUGAAACAAUGACGCCAAGUGACACUGACAAACGAAUAAGUGAAAAAAUCACUUAUUUAUGAGUGAAAAAUCAAUUUAACUUAUUAAAUGUAAAAAUUUUACUUAUUGAUGAGUAACAAAUAAAUUUAACAUAUUAUAUGUGAAAAUUUAACUUAUUUAUAAGUGAGAAAUUCGUCCACUUACGAAAAAAGUGAAAUUUUCACUGAUUCAGUUUUAGAGAGUAAAUUGUUAGGUGUUAAAAUAACACCAAAAUGGAUUAAAAUAACACUAAAUUGGAUUAUUUUAAUCCUUUUUGGUGUUAUUUUAAUACCUAAGGAUUUACCGUGUGCUCGGAUGUUUAGAAAUUUGUACAUAAUUAUAUAAGUAUAAACAAAUUAAUGAUUUUUUAAUUAAUUAUGAAUUAUUGGAGACCAAAAAUAUACUAAGAGAGAUAAAUUGUAUUUAAUAAAUUUAUUUCGAUUAAAUAUCUAUUGUAUACUAAAUUCAUUAUAUAUUUAUAAUGCGAUAAUUAAGUGUUAAAUUUGAAGAGUAUUAUUAAGGUGUUAUGAAUGUUAUAAAAUUUCUAUUUGAUGUAAAUUUUCGUGAAAAUGAACCAAAAAAGUAAUGUAUGAUUAUAAAAAUAACUCUUUUUAUUGAGAGGACUUAGCAAGAAACUGACUUAAUGUGCGUGGUUUCAAAUUGUAUGAAAUUAUAAUAAUCUUUCUAAUAAAGAAAUUAAUUAGUUUAAAAA